AUGGAGAUAAAAGACUUUUUCAUGUGCAUCUUUCUCCAUCUGGACUUGUUCCGGCCGAGCCUCUUCCCUCUUUCUUCCCUACGCAAAUUUCCCCGCAACGUCAUUUCCCUGUUCGCCACCUCGAGUGCCCACCGGCGGGACGCAGCCACAAGCGCAGCAGUCUGCGGUGUUCGGUUCGAGAGCCCUGUUGCUUUGUGUCCGUUAUCCUUUUCCCCCUUUUCAAACAUGGUUUCCAAGCGUGUUCAAACCGCACUAGCGGUUCUUCUUCCAGGGCUUCUGCUGGCCAAGAGCGGUGUGCAGCGCGUCGAUGCGCAGGUCGAUGCUGAAGACCUGCUGAGACUCAACAUCCCGAAUGACUGCCCAGUCCAGCAAGAGCAAACAAAUUUCCAAAUGGCAGAGUUCACCGGAGUGCCCUUCAACGCGACUUGCCAGAGAUACUGCGCGGAGCAUCCCGAAUGUGCAGCGUUCACCUACCACGCGGACAGCAGACGUUGCGUGCUGCACUCGCGAACGGGCAAUCUGGCCGAGAAGGCAACUGCCCGCUUUUCCCGUAAGCGAUGCCCGACUUGUUUGCUCGAUAACUUUAAUGUGGCUGACACGGAAGACGACUAUCUCGUCAUUGCGAUGACCGUGCAGGGGUGCGCCUCGGAGUGCCGCACGAGGGGGUGCAACUUCUACGUCUACGAUAAGGAGUCGAAGAAGUGCCACUUCAAGCGCCACCGCGACGGCAUCCAGUCCGCAAUCCGCCCCCAACAGGGGUUACAGGUGGGCUUUCACAACUGCCGAAACACGGACUCCUGGUGCUUUGCACCCAACCACACGCUCCAGGGUGAGACCCUGAAGACGACCACCGCCAGCGGCCCCUUGCACUGCAGCGAAAUUUGCCUGAACCAUGCAGGCUGCGCAGCUUUCUCGUUCGACGUAGGUUCCAAAGCGUGUCAUCUCAAGCCCGCCAGUGCGUUUGAUCACGUCGCACCGCAGAACGGGUCGUUCUUCGGACCCCCUGGCUGCGGCCUGCCUCAGGCGUGUGAAACCCAGGGUAAGAGACGCGCCGGAGAUUUCCUCAUGUCCUUCUCCCCCAACUCCAUCAAGACCAAUAAGGGCUGCCAAAGGAGGUGCCAGGAAAACCACCGAUGCUUCCAUUACAGCUUCGGCCCCGAAGGCUGCUUCCUACACGGUCUCGGUUCCGUCGCUGAGGACGUCGAGGGAUACAUCUCUGGCGACACGAACUGUGGCAUAUAA